AUGGCGCCAUCUACCAUCAACGUCCUUCUAUCAUCGUUCCCUGGGCUGUCACUCCCUCCGACCUUGGCUAUACCUCUACCAUCGACUUCAUCUAUCAUAGACCUCACCGAUAAAAUAAGCUCGUAUCUGCCUUUCCCGCUUACCGCCCAGUCAUCGCCUCUUAUCUUGACAACCACGAGCAACAAGCAAGUUCACCUCUCCUCGCCAGCCAAACUUACCAGCCUCAUCCCAGAAAUCAAAGAUGACGAACAAAAUGCAACAUCCACGUUCCUACCUCUUCGACUCAGUGUUCGUGAUGCGAACACCGGGUCUAAUCGAAAUCUCGAUGGCCGUCGCCUACGGACUAUAAAGGAAGCGAAGGCGCUGGCUGAAUAUCUUGCCUUGAAGCCGGAGAUGGAUAAGAAAGAAAAAGAAGCGCGAAAGAGGAGGUGGGAAGCUGCUGUUGCCGCCGCAGAGAAGAAGGAGCAGGAGAUCCGCAACGGUGAAGGGAAAGGCAAAGUCGACGGCGCCUGGAUGGAGGAUAAGGAAGAGAUGAGUGAGAAGGCAAGGGACGCUGUGCUACAGGCGAUGAAGGGGGGAGUUUGGAAGGACAACCUUGCUGGAAAUUUAUUGGGCAGCUCGACACCUAGCGCGAGCGGGAGUAGUGAUGCAUGGGCGCUUCCCAAAACGUGUCAUGGUUGCGGCGCAUUAACACAAUGGGUAUACCCUGAAGAGCCUGGAUUUUAUACCGUCACCCGGAAACCAGUGAAAAACUACAUUCAACAAAUCGUCAAAGAUCAAGAGCCAGGUGGAAGUGUCUUGGUCAACCCACAGCCGGAGAAGAAACCCGCGCAGGAAUCCAAGGAAGCAGAGAUCCCACUUUGUGAUCGAUGCCAUAAUUUAAUAAACCAUGGCAAGGGUGCUCCUAUACCAUACCCUACGUUAUCUUACAUACGCGAUCUAAUCGACGAAUCUCCUUUUCAAAACAAUUAUAUCUACCACGUUCUCGACGCCGCCGAUUUCCCACUCUCGGUGAUCCCGAGUCUUCAGCGAUAUAUGCCAAUACAACCGCAGCGCAGCCAGAACCGCAGAUCACAAGCACAGAAAUACGGAUCCAAUCGCCGUCUUGCCGAGAUCAACUUUAUUAUCACACGAGCUGAUCUGUUAUCGAACGUGAAACCGCAAGCAGAUUCCCUGAUGCAGGAUAUGGUACAGAUACUACGGGAAACGUUAGACCGCAGAGAGCAUGGCAUAAGAUUAGGGAACGUCCAUAUGGUUAGCUCGUACAGGGGCUGGUGGACUAAGGAAAUAAAAGAAGAUAUUUGGAGGCAAGGCGGUGGCGUGUGGAUGGUCGGCAAGGUGAACGUCGGCAAAAGCAAACUAAUCACAUCCGUCUUCCCAAAGACAGUUCCGCGGUACCAGAGGAAAGUCCGGAGUCAGGGCGGCGUGACGGUCGUAGGACGUUCUUCCGUGGACGAGGUCGCUCCUCAAUUUGAAGAAGCGGAGAGUGACGAGGCUGGAGCAGCUGUGUUACUACCGCCGCUUCGAAAAGAGGUCCCGUUCCCCAAUCUCCCAAUUGACUCUUCUCGUCCGGGAACCACUGCUUCCCCUAUCAGGAUACCAUUUGAUAAGCAUCGCGGCGAAGUUAUUGAUUUGCCCGGUCUUUUCCGUUCUGGGCUCGACGAGUUUGUACAGGACAAUCACAAGUCUGACCUGGUGAUGACGAGCCGUCCGAGACCAACCCAGGUAUCAAUCAAGCCCACCCAGUCACUGCUCCUUGGUGGCUUGAUAGAAAUCAAGCCACUCGAGGAGAGGGAGGUUGUGUUGGCAGCUCCCUUUCUUUCCCUGGAGGCCCACGUUACCAGUAAAGACAAGGCGGCUGAGAUGAUAACGCAGCAACGACAAUGUCCGACUGGAAAUAUCGCAAAGGAAGGGAUCGGAGAACAAAUUACUUCUGCGGGGAUAGUCGAGUUGAAAUAUGAUGUCACGAAGAAAUACGCAAAACCGCUAGCCUCAGGAGAGCUAUCUCCGCUUUACAGGGUUAUGGGGGUUGAUAUUCUCAUCGAGGGAUGCGGAUGGGUAGAGCUUACGGCUCAAGUCAGGACAAAACACCGAGAUCCCUAUGACUUCCCGAAGGUUGAGCUAUUCAGCCCUCUUGGAAAAUUCGUUGGUAGCCGGAUGCCACUGUGCACUUAUGCCUUUAACCUGAAGCAUCGAGCACAGAAAGAACAAAAGCGUCUGGCCAAGUCGAGGCGCCCUCCAACGAAGAUUCGCCGUCCGAGGCGCUGA